AUGCGUGAAAUUGUUCAUAUUCAAGCUGGCCAAUGUGGUAAUCAAAUUGGUUCAAAGUUUUGGGAAGUUAUCUCAGAUGAGCAUGGAAUUGAUCCACUUGGACAGUAUCAUGGUGAUAGUGAUUUACAAUUGGAACGUAUCAAUGUUUAUUAUAAUGAGGUACAAAAACAACGAUAUGUACCAAGAGCAAUUUUGGUAGAUUUAGAACCCGGAACAAUGGAUAGUGUACGUGCUAGUUCAUUUGGGCAACUUUUUCGACCUGAUAACUAUGUUUUUGGUCAAAGUGGAGCAGGUAAUAACUGGGCCAAAGGUCACUAUACUGAAGGAGCGGAAUUGGUUGACAGUGUUUUGGAUGUAAUUCGUAAAGAAGCUGAAGCAUGCGAUUGCUUACAAGGUUUUCAAUUUACUCAUUCAUUGGGUGGUGGUACCGGUUCCGGCAUGGGUACACUACUAAUAUCAAAAAUUCGUGAAGAAUAUCCGGAUCGUAUUAUGACAACUUUUUCUGUGGUUCCUUCUCCAAAGGUAUCGGAUACCGUAGUAGAACCAUACAAUGCUACGUUAUCAGUACAUCAAUUAGUUGAAAAUACCGAUGAAACAUUUUGUAUUGAUAAUGAAGCACUUUACGAUAUCUGUUUCAGAACAUUGAAGUUAACAACUCCAACAUAUGGUGAUUUGAAUCAUUUGGUUAGUGCAACAAUGAGUGGUGUCACAACAUGUCUAAGAUUUCCUGGACAAUUAAAUGCUGAUCUACGUAAAUUAGCCGUUAAUAUGGUACCAUUUCCACGGUUGCAUUUUUUUAUGCCCGGUUUUGCGCCACUUACUUCUCGAAGUAAUCAACAGUAUCGUGCUAUUACGGUAGCUGAAUUAACCCAGCAAAUGUUUGAUGCAAAAAAUAUGAUGGCAGCAUGUGAUCCACGACAUGGACGUUAUCUUACAGCAGCUGCAAUCUUUCGUGGUAGAAUGUCAAUGAAGGAUGUUGAUGAACAAAUGUUGAAUAUACAAAAUAAAAAUUCUGCAUACUUUGUUGAUUGGAUUCCGAAUAACGUGAAAACAGCCGUAUGUGAUAUACCGCCACGUGGACUUAAAAUGGCUGCCACGUUUAUUGGUAAUUCAACGGCAAUUCAGGAACUGUUUAAACGUGUUUCCGAACAAUUCACAGCAAUGUUUCGACGAAAAGCAUUUUUGCAUUGGUAUACUGGUGAAGGAAUGGAUGAAAUGGAAUUUACGGAAGCUGAAAGUAAUAUGAAUGAUUUAGUUUCUGAAUAUCAACAAUAUCAGGAGGCAACUGCUGAUGAAGAAUUAGAUGAAAUGAUUGAACAAGCAGAAACAGAAUAA